GCAGCACCGGCUCCUCCCACGACGCUGCGGGUCCGGUUUCCGGCGGGAGAGCGGGCUGCCAGACCCGGGAAAGGGUCCCGCUUGUGCUAGGGACCUGUGGGCUGGCUGCACUGGCCACUGCGGGGUGCCGGCCAGAAUGCCCCACUUGGAAAACGUGGUGCUUUGUCGCGAGUCUCAAGUGUCCACCUUGCAGUCCUUGUUUGGAGAGAGACAUCAUUUUAGCUUUCCAUCCAUUUUUAUUUAUGGACAUACUGCCAGUGGAAAGACCUAUGUAACACAAACGUUGUUGAAAACUUUAGAGCUCCCACAUGUCUUUGUGAAUUGCGUUGAAUGCUUUACCUUGAGGCUGCUUUUGGAACAAAUUUUAAACAAAUUGAAUCAUCUUAGUUCUUCAGAGGAUGGAUGUUCUACUGAAAUAACCUGUGAAACAUUUAAUGAUUUUGUUCGCUUGUUUAAACAAGUAACCGCAGCUGAAAAUCUCAAGGAUCAGACUGUAUAUAUUGUUCUAGAUAAAGCAGAGUAUCUAAGAGAUAUGGAAGCAAAUCUUUUGCCUGGAUUUCUUAGAUUACAAGAAUUGGCUGACAGAAACGUGACUGUUCUCUUUCUCAGUGAAAUUGUUUGGGAAAAGUUUCGUCCAAAUACUGGAUGCUUUGAGCCAUUUGUCUUGUAUUUCCCUGAUUACAGCAUAGGCAACCUUCAAAAGAUCCUGUCCCAUGAUCAUCCUCCAGAGUAUUCAGCUGAUUUCUAUGCUGCCUACAUUAACAUUCUUCUUGGAGUUUUCUACACUGUUUGUCGAGAUUUGAAAGAGCUCAGACAUCUGGCAGUACUUAAUUUUCCUAAAUAUUGUGAACCUGUGGUUAAAGGAGAAGCAAGUGAACGUGAUACUCGCAAACUGUGGAGAAAUAUUGAACCUCAUUUGAAGAAAGCCAUGCAGACUGUUUAUCUCAGGGAAGUAUCAAGUUCCCAAUGGGAAAAGCUACAGAAAGAUGACACAGAUCCUGGGCAACUGAAAGGCCUCUCAGCGCAUACUCAUGUGGAACUUCCAUAUUACUCUAAGUUCAUUCUAAUUGCUGCAUACCUUGCUUCAUACAAUCCAGCAAGAACUGACAAGAGGUUUUUUCUUAAGCAUCAUGGAAAAAUCAAGAAAACCAACUUUCUAAAAAAACACGAAAAGACGAGCAAUCAUCUCCUUGGACCAAAACCAUUUCCACUAGACAGAUUAUUAGCAAUAUUAUACAGUAUCGUGGACAGCAGAGUUGCUCCAACAGCAAAUAUUUUUUCCCAGAUUACCUCUCUAGUGACCCUUCAGCUGUUAACCCUGGUUGGCCAUGACGAUCAGCUUGAUGGACCAAAAUAUAAAUGCACAGUGUCUCUAGACUUCAUCAGAGCUAUUGCAAGGUAA